AAAAUAAGUACCGCUCAAACCUUCAAAUUUGCAUCAAUAAUCUUAACAAACUGGAUGGUUCACUGAACAACUUCUGAACAYAAACUAAGAAUUGUCUUCCUGAAGUGGAUUUCUUCAUUAGAAUUUCUUAKAACAGCAAAGGCCCAACGGUUUCUUGUAAAGUAAACAAGAUYAUUUUCAAAUCUAAAGCACAAAUCUGAGCUUUGUGAAAGUUUGGGUCUGGCAACAUAUUAGGCGCCAACACUUUGAACCUCAGAUAUGCACGUUCCGUUKAAUGAUCAAGGGGAACAGAAGAGAAAAAUUGUCAAAAAAUAUCCUCGAUGGCAUCCUGGAUGCUCAGUUAGAUUCUAAAGAACUGAUUUCAAGCGAGAAAGUUGUGAAUGAUCCAGCUCAGCUGAAGCUAAAAGAGAAUUUGCCAACAUAUCAUCAAAGGAGUGACUACUUUACAGUUCAACUGGAACCAACUUCUUUGAGAGGAUUUUUGCAUGUUUAGCCAAACUUUUGAGCAAGCCUUUCUAAAGUGAAAAUUCAUUAAAGAUGAGUGGAACUACAAUAAUACCGACCACUGUCAGCCUAAACAGUACAGUACAACCUACUAAUUCCACAAUUAUAGCUGGCCUGGCGCACAAAGCGUUUUCAUAUGUGACAGGUAGUACGACAGGAAUCAUCGUGGGUGUAAUCAUACUGAUUCUACUCAUCAUUAUCGUUAUAACACUGAUACGAGUAGCAUUGAAAGGUCUCAAGCAGGCCAAGGAAAGAGCGCUKAGCAAGUUAAACGAUCUCAGGAAAAGUCGAGAACAAGCGUUAAAUAUGAUAGAUGCUGUACCGGAAGUUAAUGUAUCUACUGUGCAGCCARCCGGAAGUAGAAGGGAAUUGAAAAAUCUAGGGGAAAUCAAGUUUUCAUUGCGUUAUGACGAAGAAAGCAAUGACCUUGUUGUGACAGUAMACGAAUGUAAAGACUUACCAGUCAAGUACAGUGGAGGAACAAUGUACAAGUACGUGGAGAUAGAAAUGUUUCCAUUCCAUAGAAUGAYGUCCAACAAACCCAGGACUAGAUACAUCAGGAACGACUUCUCGCCAACAUUUGAAGAAGAGGUUCAUAUCAAGAUGUCCAGAGAUGAAGUUAAGGAUCAAAAGCUAUAUUUACACGUCUGUGACUAUAAUCAGAUUUCACCGCGUGAUCUGAUUGGUUCAUAUCAUGUGAAUCUYCAAAAUACUAACAUAAAGAACAAAAACAACAAAUAUAGUGGAUCCCUUGAGUGGAUAGAAUCAAUUCGGGGAGCAGAGCGAGGUGAUAUCAACGUCAUCCUGCGAUACUUUCGCGGCGAAGGUCAACUUUUGGUCGAGAUUAAAGAAAUUAAAGGUCUGAAGCCAGCCAUUGGACGAAGGUUUACGAGUGCUUACGUCAAGGUUCACCUCGUCCAUGGUUCUAAUCAAAUCUACGAGAAGAAAACAAAAGUUCGACGAAAAGACUUUGAGCCAAAAUUCAAYGAACGAUUCCUCCUGGACGUUCCUUCAAGCAUUAUCGAACAGGUGAAUCUUAUUAUUCGAGUGAAAGAUUGUCCUUACGUUGGUCGCAAAGCUAUUCUUGGAGAGGUAUGUAUCGGUGGUGAUGCUGUUGGGACCUAUUUCCAUCAUUGGAAACUGGCCCUCGAAAAAGACCAGGAAAUCGAGAUGUGGCAUUGUCUUGAACUAYUAAAUAUUGUUCCUGGUAAAACGAACUUGCAAACAGCAAUGAAGGCCAUUCCAGUGUACGCGAGUACGGAGGAGGAGGAGGAAGAGAGCGAGGAUGAAGGCUUGCUUGGUUUGCUACCAAAUGUUGCUUUGCCAUUCGGCAUGGGAGGUUUAUUUGGUAACGAAACAGGGUCCAAAAAAGAAGAUGAAGAAAAUGGAAGAGUAGACGAGAAAAAAAACUGACACAGUCAGCAAUCAAUAAAACUAGAGCUAAAAAAAAUUAAAUCUAAGAGAGGCAAUGAAAUUUAAGUAAUCUUAAAACUUUUAAAUUAGUCGUAAUGGGCUAGAGGUCAUUAUCCUGCGUAUCUUUCAACAUGCCAUGUUUUACCUUGCUUUUUUCCACAUAUGUUUUUCUUUUCAAAAWUGACUUAUAAAGUUGUGCACUUGGGGGACCAUACAAGCCAGCGAUAAAACUGAAUAAUAAUUACACGGUCAUCCAGCCCAAUAAUGUAUUGUGAUGUAAUUUGCACUGCACAUUCACCAAGGGUCUACAAGGAAAAGCCGGCCCGGCUCCCGAAUCACGAGCUAUUUAUUCCCGAAAUCCCGCGUCCCGCGAAAAAAUCAAAAAUCGGGGUAAAACUGAGUAAAAUAAUAUAGUAAAUAUUUAAAAAUGAAAUACCAUUUUUCACGGAUAUUCAUGAGCUUGUAGUAAUGUCUUUGUUAUAUUGCAAAUAAAAAUCAUGCACGGCUGGU